GCCUCGUGCGCUGUGCGCUGUGUUUACAGUGAGUUGCUGUGUCGGAAGUGUAAAGUUAGCUGUGAAGCACUUUGGCUGUAACUAAUAAAAUGUGAAAAAGUCGUGCCUGACGAUGUCGUAGUGUAACUUAAUCUUGUUACCCGUGUCAUAUUCUCGCUUAUUUGGCUGGUUUAGCUGUGUUCUCUGUGUAAAGGACGCAGAGAUGCCUGUCUGCCUGAGCGGGUUAACUGUGUGAGUCGGCGGGUCUGAGAUAAAGACAUGCGCUCCCUCAGUUUUGUUCAGCGGGUGUGUCUCGACUUCACGGGCUCUCUGUUCCCACAUGCUAUCUGCCUCGGAGAUGCUGAUAAUGACUCGUUGAAUGAACUUGUUGUUGGCGACACGAGUGGGAAGUUAUACAUCUAUAAGAACGAUGAAUCCAAGCCCUGGAUCACAAGAACAUGCGUGGGAAUGCUAACUUGUGUUGGAGUAGGAGACCUCUGCAAUAAAGGCAAAAACCUUGUAGUGGCAGUAGGUGCAGAAGGAUGGUUCCACCUGUUUGAUAUUGCUGCUUCUGCGGGCAAAGCUGAGUCGUCCAGCCAGAUGGAUAUGGACGAGCAAAAGCCUUGCUUUACCCAGCACAUCCCUGCCAACACCAAAGUCAUGCUCAUCAGUGAUAUUGAUGGGGAUGGACGCAAUGAGCUUGUCGUUGGUUACACUGACCGGGUAGUCCGAGCGUUCCGAUGGGAGGAGCCACAAGAUGCCGCUGACCUGAGUGGAGGUCAGCUGGUCUUACUGAAGAAAUGGCUCCUGGAGGGACAGGUGGACAGUUUGUCUGUGAAUCCAGGUCCAGAGGGUCUGCCUGAACUCAUGGUAUCUCAGCCUGGCUGUGGCUAUGCCAUCCUGCUCUGCUCCUGGACACAAGAGGGUGCUGCAGGUCCUGGAGAGGACGGCUCAAACGCUUCAACUGGUGAAGGGCCCUCCAGAGACCUUAUUCUUCACCUCACCACUGGCCGUAUCCAUAAUAAAAACGUGUCCACCCAUUUGAUUGGCAGCAUCAGCAGAGGGUCGAAGGACGAUGACUCUAAAGGAGGAUUAUUUGCUCUCUGUACUUUAGAUGGUACUCUGAAGCUAAUGGACAGUUCUGAGCAGUUGCUGUGGUCAGUGCAGGUGGACCAUCAGCUGUUUGCCCUGCAGAAACUGGAUGUUACUGGUGAUGGGAGAGAAGAGGUAGUUGCCUGUGCCUGGGAUGGCCAAACAUAUAUCAUCGACCAUAAUCGUAUGGUGGUCCGUUUCCAGUUUGAUGAGAAUGUGAAUGCCUUCUGUGCCGGUCAGUAUGCAUGCAAGGAGGGCAGGAAUAGCCCUUGCCUUGUGUAUGUGAGCUUCAGCCAUAAGAUCUAUGUGUACUGGCGGGUUGAGCUGGAGCGCAUGGAGCCCACCAGUCUGCAGAGAGUGCUGGAGGAAAGACCCGAAUACACAGCUCUGCUCCACAAACUAGGAGUUGACCCCACUGACACUGCUGCUGUUCGGAAGCUCAUUGGAAAUCUGCUCUACAGAGAUUCAGAAAGGAAGAUGGCAGAAUGACCGCAACCGUCUUUAAACCUCACCCACCUGCUCUGUGUAAAUAAUUCACAAAUAAAUUUAUUCAAGUCUUA